UUUAAAGAGUAAGUUCUCUCAUACUCCUCUCACCAUACGUUAUCCGAGCGAGAUAGAGAACAGAUAGAGAUAACACUAGGCAGCACAAGAGAAUGGCGCUGCUGUGUGGUUCAACUUCCGUGACUCCAUUCCUUUCUCACAAGAACGUUGGUUUCACAACCUCAGCAAAAUCUUCCUUUGUUGGCUUUCAAUUGCCGCUUCCAAAGCUCACAUUAUCUUCUUCCGUUCGAACCCUUCUGCCGGCAACAUCCCGUGUCCGUUGCCAGCAAGAGUCUACUACUGUUACCCCUGUCGCAGAAGAAGACCCGCGCUUCGCGUGCGUCGAACCCGAACCCCGAUUCAAAGGCCCGGACAUUUGGAACAAGAGCUGGUAUCCAAAAGCUGCAGAUCAUGUGAAUACAGAAAAAACAUGGUAUGUUGUUGAUGCUACAGACAAAGUUCUUGGAAGACUAGCAUCGACGAUUGCUAUUCACAUCCGAGGGAAAAACUUGGCAACCUACACACCCAGUGUGGACAUGGGUGCGUUUGUAAUUGUGGUAAAUGCAGAAAAGGUUGCUGUAUCUGGGAAAAAGAGGACCCAAAAGCUUUACAGGAGGCACUCUGGACGACCUGGUGGUAUGACCGUGGAGACAUUUGCCCAGCUGCAAAACAGAAUUCCUGAAAGAAUUAUUGAACACGCUGUUCGUGGCAUGCUUCCAAAAGGAAGGCUUGGGAGGAGACUAUUCACCCACCUUAAGGUUUAUAAAGGCCCAGAUCAUCCACAUGCGGCGCAGAAGCCCGUUGAGUUGCCAAUAAGGGAUAAGAGAAUACAUUUGCAGAAAUAGGUCAUAGGUGUAGCAGAGAACAUGGAAUGAAAUAUGAAAAUUUUAUGUCUAUCUAUUUCACAGAACUUCGAGUUUCCUGCUUUGGUUGCUACCUUGCUGAUGUUUCCAUUAAAUGUUUAUAUUGUCUGUAGAGGUAACUGAUUAUUGUGUUACUUGUUUUUGUCAAGGUCCUUUGUGGAAUCUUCAUAAUAUUUUUGUUGUAGAUUUGAACCUUGCCAUGCAAUAUUUUUUAAUAUUUGAAUUUAUUGGCAACUUUUUCA